CGGUGUAUUUCUCCUUGGACUUGGACCAGUUUCUUGAACCUUCCGUCUCCGUUAGUCGAUGCCGGUUAGUUUAUUUUUUGCUCGAUCCGUGGUUCGAUUCUCGAUAUCUUGAGGAAUAAGUGCGAUCUUUUCUGGUGAACAUACCGGAGGUGGUGCAUGGAAUGAGUUUUCAGCAAUAUCCAGCUCAAAGCCCAGUGCAAAGUGGAGUGUGAUUGUGUGAUUGCAUCGGAACAGAAGGGGCGCAGAACAUAACUCAGAUAUUGUCAAGAACCUGUUCCAGCUCUUCUGGGGGUUGUUGUGCCGCGACUUCAAUUCAAGUUCAAGUGCUCGGAAUCGCCGCUGCCGUUGUUCUGUGUUGCCUGUGAAACAAAGAUAACGAUCUGGUGGCAUCUAGUGGAGCCAACUCGGAGUGGAAAUCUGAUAACUCCAAAAGGUCUCUAAUUAGCAACAAGUAGUUGAAAGCCGAAGUCGGGAUAGGAGAAGGAAAAAGUGAACAGAACAGUGUAGCAACAUAAAGAAACAAAUCGGAAGUUUGAGCAAAGGCAACAAUAUCUCGGAAUAGCAUCUCCAAACUCGAAAGUGUAUUGGGAAAUAACAGAGCGGAGUGUUUGGAGGAAAAGCAUUCAAAAUCAAAGAAAAGUGCAACAACUGAACAAACGAAGCGACCUCCGGCAAAACCGAGUGAAGUGUGUUUGUGUGUUGGUUUUCAGCUGCGGAUCUUGAAAGCCUUGUGACCUCCUCCGGGACAGUGCAGGAAGUGCGGAACGAGCCAGCAUUAGUGCCAGAAGAAGCAGAAGCCUCUGCAGCAGAAUGUGGAAAUCUACGGCAGUCAUGCUGGUGGUGGUUGCGGCAGCGGUACUUUUCAUCGAGGCCAGCUAUGCAAAAGAAGCCAGUCCGGCCCAAGUGGACCCAGAAGCCUCCGCCCGCCAGAGCAAAGCCGUAUCCACACACUGUCCGCGAUCAUGUCCGCCGACGACGACUCCUGCGGAACCGGUUUGCGGAACGGACGGGCUGAUCUACGCGAACAUUUGCGAGAUGAAGAAGAAGACCUGUACCAAGAACGCACCUAACAGCGUAAAAGAGGACAACGCAGGAUGUGAACGGGCAAAGGGUUCCCCGUGUAGUCAUCGGUGUCCAACGGAGAAGGAUUUGGUGUGCGGAACCGACGGCAGGACCUAUCUGAACCGCUGCAUGCUGCGAGUGCAGGCCUGCCGAGUAGGAACAGCUGCGGUUUCUCUGGCCCAUGUGGGACCUUGCGCCAACGGAAGCAUCAUCCGGGAGUCAUGUCCAGUCGACUGCAACAGUGCCCCUCAAGAUGGACCGGUUUGUGCCUCUGACGGAAACGUGUACAACUCCACUUGUCAGAUGAAGUUGAUCACUUGUGGACAGGGAGUCGUACGAACAAGCCGGAAGCACUGCCAGAGCACCCGAAACUGCCGGGAGUCUUGCUGGAGAGUGGCCCGACCCACCUGCGGAUCCGACGGUCGUCUGUAUGCCAGCGCCUGUAAGAUGCGAUCGUCCAACUGCGGUAAGCACGUUUUCGAGGUCCCAAUUUCGUUCUGUAUGUCCCAGGAACGUGCCGGAGGAAGCUCGGUUGCUGCGACCAACAAGAUCGAAGAUUGCCCGACCGAUUGCGCCCGGGAAGCUCAGCAAAUGAUCUGCGGAAGUGACGGCAACGUGUAUACGUCGAUGUGCGAACUGAAGAUGCUGAACUGCGGACAACGCAAGAAGAUCCAGGUCGUGGGAAUCGACCGCUGCAAGCAGAAGUUGAGCCGUUGCAAGUCCAUCCCAGCCUGCAAGCACCACAGCAAGAACAGUGCCUCGAUGUUCGGAGACCAGAAGGAUCUGCUCUGCGGUACCGACUCGCGAACCUACAACAAUGAAUGUGAACUGGCGAGAGCUACCUGCCUACGUGGAGUUCAACUGGCUCACAUCGGAGCCUGCACACAGCUGAAGACCAAAACCGAUCUCGUCGACUGCUCGAGCUGCACCUACGAAGAAGAUCAAGUCGGCCCAAUCUGCGGCUCUGACGGAAACACCUACCGGUCACGUUGCGAACUGAAGCAGAAGACUUGCGGACUCCGAGUUGUACCAGUUUCGCUCAAAAAUUGUGCUACUACUGCUCACUGUGAAGCCAACUGCGAAAGUGAACCCACCAGCUAUAUCUGCGGAUCGGACAACAAACUCUACCCGAACGAGUGCUUCAUGCGGAAGGAGAACUGCGGCAAACACAUGUUCAUCGUACCGAUGAAGCGUUGCCUGGCGGCCUUCACCUUCAAGGGCUGCUCACGGAUUUGCCCGCAGGAGUUCGAACCGGUCUGCGGCACAGACGGCAAAACCUACUCCAAUGACUGCUUCCUGAGCAUCGAAAACUGCCGAUCGCGAUCAGUUCACAAGAAACACGACGGACCCUGCGGAAGGCCCGAAGAACCGUCGCACAACUAUCUUUACUAAAACCACAAACACAUGCCAACAAAUCAGUUUCUAAGGCCACUUUUUUCCCAGUCCCGCCUUUCCUUCUCUUGUUCAUUGCCACAAGCUGUCCUUAUCUUGUAUUUGUAGUUUUAAGGCUGUUUAGAAAGUAGUUAUCCCGUACUGUUGUACUAAAGUUUUAGAACAGUCGGUCAUAAGCUUUGACCUUCAAGGUUAUAAAAAACAACUGCCAGAAUGAAACAAAAAGAAACGUACUGAAAAAACAAGACUUGAACCACCCAUUUUCGACGCACUUUUCCUGGUAAAAUUUACACUUUUUUCUAUCGAAAGUCUAAUUUUUUACAAGCCCUUCCCCUACUAGUAGACUGUUUUUAACGAACGAACAAAUUUUAGACAAACACGUGAGAAACAAUCACCGGAAGCGCGGAAGUCACGCCCCGCCCUUUUGUAGUUCGUAUUUAGUUCAAAUGAGUAAGAUUUAGCGCUUAAGUCAAUCGUGUAUAGAAACAAACUCUGAAACAAAAAGAAAUCGAAAACCUCUUUUUUGUUUUUAACUUACUCCGUUAGUAGUCAAACGAAACGCCCACCAAGGGCAACUAAAUUAUUGCAAACUGUAAUUUAUUACCGCGGAGAGAGAGAGAGAGGAAACCGAACGGAUGAAUCACGCACACAGCUUUUGAGAUUAGGAGCGGAAGGCUCGCUCGCUCGGAAGAACGUCAUAACUUAUUGAAAAAAAGAAAAUCUUUUUACAAAGAAUACUAGAAUAAAAACACGUACCCUUUCUUUAAUGUUUAAAAGAAUAUAACUGCAGUAGUACACCGUGUUACGAGAAGAGGUGCGAAGUGAAGCAAAGAAACGCUGACAAACCAAUUUGUGCUGGGGAAUCGAAGGCAUCGAAAUCGAUUCGAAGAGAGCCAAUCGCGCGCGCAGAGAACGAGUUCGCUUUUUCUGAUGUAGAAUUAUGAAUUAUGCUGAAAUUGCAAAAUAAACGAAACGUAAAAUACAAA